AAUAUGUUAAAUCUUUAAAACAUAGAUUUAGUCAAUAGCACUUCAGAUCAAGUUAAAGUUAUGAGCUAUUCGUUCUUCAUUUGGACUUCUAUCUUUGCAAUCAUAAAUCAGAGAGUCCAUUUGAAGAAUCACCCCAAGAAAGUUUAGGAUGAUAUCAAAAACAGAAUUGUGUCAAUCAUUCAUGGUGCCCUCACAUUCUGGGCUGCUGCAUACAUUGUUUUGGGUAAAAGAGAUAUGCAUUUGCAGUUGAAUAGCCAAGUUUCGGAGCAGCUAACUCCCAGACCAUGCAAUUUACAAUGAUAAUUAGUGCGUCAUACUUUGUCUAUGACUUCCUUGCCUGUCUCUACUACGACCUUGCAGACAUGUCCUUAGUCUCACAUCAUUCUUUAGCCAUCUGUGGAUAUGCUGUGGCAACCUUUUCUAAGUUCGGAGCUCCAUCUUCAAUCUGUAAGUCUUGUUUAUAUGUCUUAGGGGGAUUGAUGUCCGCUGAAGUAUCCAACUUCCCUAUGCACAUAAGAGUGAUCUUGAGACAAGUGGGAUUGAGACAUACCAAGUUGUAUGAAGCCUGUGAAUGGACCUAUUUCGGUAAUUCAAUCAUUUAAAAACUUAGCUUUGUAUAUCAUCUUCAGAGGUUCUUUAGUUCCUUAUAUGGUAUGGAACACAUGGCCAGAGAGUGAAGUUCCCUUAUUGGUUAAGAUUACAGCCACUGGAUUAUUCCUCUAAUCAGUAUACUUCAUCUUCGAGUAAUUCCACAAAUAAAUAUUAUAGGAUGAAAAAGAUUCUUACAAGAUAGUACUUCUAAUAUCAAGAAAGAAAGAAGAAGAACAUCCAUCAUUAUUGGUUUAGAGUCAAUCAAAGAAUUUACGAAUUAUCAUAUAUUAACAACUAAAAAAAAGACAAAGUGUUUUGAG